AUUCCUCUCAGAGCUAGCUGCAAAUGGAAAGUUGAUAGAGAUGGCUGAGCAGUCACUCGAAACCUUUGCCGAUGCCAACAACAUUUUAAGUACUGGGGACUCCUAUUUUCAGUUUGAUGCAGAGGAGCAUCAGCGAAUCAUUCAAAAUCAGCCAUGGAAGGAAGACCCUCACUAUUUUAAGUCCACAAAGAUAUCAGCCCUUGCUCUCUUGAAGAUGGUAAUGCAUGCUCAAUCAGGUGGGAAUAUUGAAAUUAUGGGUUUAAUGGUUGGGAAAAUUGAUGGACAUUCAAUUAUUGUUAUGGACUCGUUUGCUCUUCCUGUUGAAGGUACAGAGACUCGAGUUAAUGCUAACUUGGCUGCAUACGAGUACAUGGUGAACUUCCAAAGCAAUGCUAAGUUAGUUGGCAGGGAGGAGAAUGUUGUUGGUUGGUAUCACUCACAUCCUGGAUAUGGGUGUUGGUUAUCUGGCAUUGAUGUCACAACUCAAAUGAACAAUCAACAAUAUCAGGACCCUUUCAUUGCUAUUGUCGUUGAUCCCAUCAGGACUAUUACAUCAGGUAAAGUUGACUUAGGAGCUUUCCGCACCUACCCUGAAAAUUUUGAGUUUUCAGAAGGCGGCCCAAGUCGUUAUCAGUCCAUUCCUCUUCACAAGAUUGAAGAUUUUGGUGUUCACUGUAAGCAGUAUUAUUCAUUAGAAGUAAGCUAUUUCCGGUCGUCAUAUGAUGACAAGCUCCUCAACACUCUGUGGAAACAAUAUAGAAUUAACACACUAUCAUCAAAUUCUCAGUCCACAAAUCAGUCAUACGUUUCAAACCAGAUCCAGGACUUAUCCUGUAAGCUUAGCAAGUUGCAGGAGCAUCAGACACAUCGUGAAGAAUGCAGUAAGAUAGCAAAAGAUGGCACUAAAACUGCUAUUGAAGCUCUUGGUGGAAUUAUGUCGGGUAUGUUCAAGGACAAGGUGUUCAAUGUAAAGUCUUAAAUUUUCAGUCUGGUUCAAAUCUAGGUUUCUUGGUUAAGUUUUAUGGGUAAGUUUUAAUUUCUGGGUCUACUCGGUUGUGCUUCAAAUAUUGCUGGUUUCUUGGUUGAUCAAUAUUCAAUUUGGGUAAAAAUUAAUUUUCUGGGACUCUUUGUUGGGAAUUUGAUGAUAUGGAAAUCAAAACUUGGCUCUUGUUAUAAAUUGAUAAAGCUUGUUGUGAAAUUCGAAAAAUUAUUGUGAUUUGUAAAUAUAUAAUCGUCUUUAUCUAUUCAAUUAUUUUCUAAAUGCAUUA